CAAACCAAACUAGAAAAAAACUGAACCAAACCAAAAACCAUAAAAAGGAAUGCUGAAGAACCAAACUGAAAAAAUACUUGAAUUAAUUUGGUUCAAUAGAAAUUUUGAAGAACCGAACCGAAAAAUCGAAGGCCCAUCCUGGUGAAAUGUUGACAUUUGACUUUGUUGGUUUUAAAAACUUUGCAGGGGAUGGUAAGUAUCAAAUCGAGAAGAUUGAAGGACCGAGAUAUGAAUAACAAAAAGUACAAAUGUAAUCAAUCCACUCCUCACUGCACUCUUGUUUCACUGAACAACAACAAUGAGCGCCAGUCUCCUCUUCCCACUUCCAACAAAGUUGUUUUCGACAUCCUCCACUGCCCCUUGUUCACGUUCAACACCGACCCUUUUCACCCUUUCCUUUUCUAACCCAAUUUCCAACAACUCCAUUUUCCUUAAACCCUCAAAAAGGCUGGAAUUCAAAGUAUUCGCGGACGAUGGCGAUGCUGAUGGAGGAAGUCCAGAUGACUAUGAAAUGGACGAAGAUGAAGUGGAAGAAUCAGAUAACAAGAAGGAUUUUGAUGUUGAUUAUGACACCCUUUUAGGUGGUGUUUCUACUAGGGGUGGGGGUGAUGAUGAUAUUGCCAUGGUGCAUAGCAGUAGUUUUGUGUUUACGCAAGGAUGGGAUUCCGAGAAAAUUGUUGAUUAUAGGAUUAAUGAAGAGGAGUUUCAUAAGAUUUGUCUUUUUGAUUGUGAUUUCUUCAUUCGUAAACCACCUGAUCCUGAUAAUGAUGUUUAUGAUUUUCGUGAGAUGUAUGUUACACCUCCAGACACCGAUAUAUACGCCAUUCCCAAAGUUCUUGCACGAAUGCCGCAGAAGUAUAUCAGGUGUGCAAUGAGUGAUUAUGGGUGCUACAAUGUGACAGAGCCUCCUAUUGAUGCGCCUAGAGAUCCGAUGUAUAAAUCCGAGAGGGAAGUUAUGAAAGUAUUCUUGACAAAGCACUACAGGAACCGCAGGGCAGGUGAUCCAGAAUUUGCUCUGGAUUUCGAAGAAAUAUACGUUAUUGAUUCUAAAACCAAAUCAAUUACAAGAGCCAAAGUAGUGGUGACAGUUACUGGAGGAAGAAGCAGGGAUAGGAAGAAUGAUUUACUUGUCAUCCGUGAUAAUGGGAACUCAUUCAAAAUUAUACCAUCAGAGGAAAGAGAUGAUUUUACCACUGUGAUAGAGAAAGAAGAGUGGAAGAAGACCAGGCAAGACAUGGAACGACAUCUUAGUAAGCUAAGGGACUUCAGUGUUUCAAAUUGGUUUUAGUUGGCCAAUGAAUACCAUUCUCAGAGUUGCUGGACGGAUUGAAUAGCCUAAUAGGUGCAGGAAAUAACCAGGUUAAUCCGAAGUUUCUCAUGGUGCUGAUAGAGUCAACGGCUUCCAAAUUUCAGAAUCGUAAUCGUACAUUGUCAGUGCCAUCAUGACUGGUGGAAAUGAUCUUUGGAUGAAGGUUUAGGUUGAGCUUACAUAGAAGGUAAUGUAGCAAAGAAAUUCAUAGUAUUUCCACUAGAAUCAGUACAUUUAUGGCAAAACAAUCACGUUCGUAACAAAGAUGGUUGCGCAUUUUGUCUCCUAAUUAUGAAAGCCGGAAGCAUUGAGAUA